AUGGCGGAGUCAUCGACUAAGGCAGAACUUGGCUUGGAGAAAGGAGCUGUCAGCCAUCAUGAGCACCCCUACGACGAUGAGCAUUAUCAUACCCUAGGACACGUCCGACUUCGCGACGCAACGACGAAUGAGGUCAUUCUCAUUCCUGCGCCGUCUCUCGACCCGAACGAUCCCUUGAAAUGGAAACAAUGGUACAAGAUCUCGAUCGCAAUCCUUGUCGCUUUCGCUAUGAUUAUGUGCAAUUUCAUGGCUGCGGGUCCUACGGUGACUAUGCUCACCGUAGCCCAGUCCUUCAACACGACCCCUGCGCACGCCGCAUUCUUCUUCAAUAACAGUGCUCUGGCACAGGGUGUUGGAAAUCUUUUUUGGGUUCCAGUGAUGCUGAAGUAUGGUCGUCGGCCGGUUUAUAUUGCCAGCUUCUUGAUAUAUUUCUUCAUGAUCAUCGGAUCUGGGGCAGCGAAAUCUUACGGCGCAGAGAUUGUGACUCGGCUUCUCCUCGGCUUUGCAGGAGGUGCUGGUGAAUGUCUCGCGCCACUGACCAUUACGGAUAUUUUCUUCCUACAUGAGCGCGGAUUGUUUAUGGCAGCUUACAAUGCCGCCCUAUCCGGUGGCGUGGCUUUUGGAUCAGUUAUCUCCGGAUUGAUUGUCAUCAACUACACCUGGCGAACAAUCUACUGGGUUGGAGCUGCAUUGGUUGGAGCUACUCUGCUUGUCGUUGUUUUUUCUUUCCCCGAGACUGCAUUCGAAAGAUAUAACAAUCCUCUUGUCGUCGAUCCGAAACGGGGGUCGAAGGCUGGCGAGGGCGAGAGGGAACAAACUCAGAGCGAGGUGGCUCCUAUUCCGCCAAAAAAGUCUUAUUGGCAAACCGUCAAGCCCUGGGAUGGUCGCAAAUACACUGACGAGCCUUUAUGGCGGAUGAUGGUUCGCCCACUGGGUCUAAUUAUCCUGCCUCCAGUUUUCUGGGCUACAAUUGUCAUGUCCGUUACCAUUGGAUUCUUGGUAGCCAUUUCUUCCAAUAUCGGAAGCGCAUUCAACUCGACCUAUGGUAUGGAGCCCUGGCAAAUCGGACUGUGCUUCAUCGGCAAUCUCAUUGGAUGCGUCUUUGGAAUUGUGCUUGGCGGACCAUUCUCUGACUGGAUUGCCGAUUAUUUCACUAAACGGAAUGGUGGCAUUCGUGAGCCAGAAAUGCGUCUUCCUGCUAUUGUGCUCACCAUCAUAGCGUCGCCAUUGUCCCUUGUUCUCUACGGAGUUGGCAUCCAGAACAAAAUGCACUGGAUGGUUCCGACACUUGGGUUGUUUUUCAAUGCCUUUGCUGUCGUCCAAGGAACCAAUGUCUCCUUCACUUAUUGCAUUGACGCCUAUCGCCCUAUCGCAGGCGAGGUGACUGUGACCCAACUUGCUUUCAAAUCCUGCUUUGGUUUCCUCCUUUCGUUCUACACCAAUGUCUGGGUCGAAAAAGGCUAUGCUCUCGCUUACGGUGAAAUGGCGGCCAUCUCAGGUGGAUGCCUUUUGUUCUCGAUUCCUAUGUACAUUUGGGGCAAGCAAAUGAGGGUUGCUUCCAUGAAAUGGAAGGUGGUACAGUUCAUCACCUGGGACGACGAUCGCGAAGUCGGCGAGUAG